GCAGGAUAUCGUAGUAGAUCCAAGACUUCGAACGCAGUCUUAGUCGGCCCCGUCCUGAAUUACGACUCUGCAUCCGGCACUAUCACUACUCCGACGGCAGAUGGUCUCUUUUGUCGAGCGGAAAUUCAUGAAUGUCGACGUCCAGGAUACUGUAACUAUUAACUCCUAAGAAUGUCUUUGCAACACUCAUAACCCUCGACGAUGAGUGAAACCCAUCCUCACGCUGAUCACCUCACGGUGGCCCAGUACCUCAAGCGCCAGGUCUCUGGGGACAAUUUCGGUUUGCAUAGGUCAACGCAUGCAACAGGCUCAGAGUAUCUUCGGUCCGAUCUACGGUCUCGAUGCGGCGUGUCUAGAGAAUACCCUCGACGUGUAUUUCGGAGAUCACGAGGCUUUCGUGCUAGGCUCUUUGUCAUGUCACGUCAUGUAUCUCCCUGGGCAUACACGGCUAUGGCAUUGGGAAGGCCGUCUGUACUGCUGAUUCCAUCUUCAACCUGGAUACUUCUCGGGCAUGGGCCGGGGAUGGUGAGUUGUGAUUGAUGUUCGCGCCUCCAGCCUGUUGUUGGAUUUGCUCGUGCUAACUUCUUAGAUGGGAAUGUCGAGCUCCUUUACCAGGCCAGUAUUCGCGCGGGCAGGCUUCCGCCACCGGGUGCGAAGGGAAAGGUCUUGAUGCGCAAUCCGACCCGGGCCGAAUUUCAAUUGGAGCAGAAAGCCCAGUCAGCCCUUGGCCAUCACUUCGACACAUACAUAUUCGGGCGCAACUCAUGCUGCAGUGCAGCAUCGGAAGCACAGUGAUUCGGACUCGACGGCCAAGCCCCUGUCGAUUUCCCAUCUCGGUGCAACGGAUCGUUACUCCUGCCACAUACAUGGAGACCAUGAUUUCAGCAGUACGAUCUUGGUGUAUCAUUAGUGAUCGGCUCAUGUCCAACCUU